CAAUUUCCAACUAUUAUUUAACUCAAUAAUCUAAGUUGUUUCUUAUUAGAUGUUUCGUAAUCUUAAUUUGUUAAUAUUCUAAGUUUGAACUGUACCUGGCUCGUCGGUGCCGGACCCUACACUGUAUCUCCUUUCUUCUUCUCCUUUUUCACCCUUUUUUUCCCACUCUCACUCUUUACGCCAUAGCCACUCUUUAAUCACCUUUCAACAUUAUUAUUAUCAUCAAAGAUUGUAACUUUUUUCUCAAAUCAUGAUAAUUCUUUCAAUUACAACUUUUUUACCCUCUUAAUCUUUCUGGGUAUUCCUCAGAAUAUAAAAAUAGUGAAGAAAGAUACCAUCUUUCAUUGAUUUGAUGCACGGUUACAGUCGUUUAGGCCCUAAUUUUAACCCAUCAACACCAUCUUCAUCUCCUCCAUCUUCACCUAGAUUCAGGCCUUCUCGAAUGAAGCCCAAUGGGCUGAUCUCGGGCCAAGGAAUGGGUAGAGUUGGAAGUGGGUCAACUAAGCUUGGGGAUUUUCUUGAACGGUUGAUGUGCAUUGUAAUUGCAACAGUUUUCAGGAGAAAAGGGGUGUUAUUGUUUGCACCUUUGUUGUAUAUUACUGGGAUGUUGCUUUACAUGGGAUCUUUGAGUUUAGAGAGUAAUAAUGGAGGAGAUAGAAUUGGUAUUAAGAAAGGAAAGGUUAAAGUUGAGUUUAGUGGUGGUUUUGUUGUUGAUGAGCCUAUUUUGCCUGGUUCUUUGUACAGAAGUAAUGAGGUUUUUGAGAGGCUUUGGCCUUUCUUACAAGAUGAGGGUAUUGGUAAUCAUUCCUCUAAUGCGUUGACAACAGUAUGGCCUUCAAGAUAUCAGCAAGCUUGGAAACCAUGCUUUAAUAACAGUGUUUUUGACACAGGUUUGGCUUUGGUUGCCCUAGCGGGCCUCUUUUUGCUUUCCUUAUUCUUUCUUUUGGACACAACUAACUUCAAUGUAGAAGUAGAGUUACCCAAGUCUAAUGGAUACUUCAUAAUUGAAGCAAAUGGUGGACUUAAUCAGCAGCGUCUCUCGAUAUGUGAUGCAGUAGCAGUGGCUGGGCUUCUGAAUGCUACUCUUGUUAUUCCGAUAUUUCAUUUAAAUAGUGUUUGGCGAGAUUCCAGCAAGUUCGGAGAAAUAUUCGAUGAAGAUUUCUUCAUGUACGCUCUUAGAAAUAAGGUGAAUGUAGUAAGGCAGCUCCCAGAAGAUAUCCUUCGGCGCUACAACCAUAAUAUUAGCAGCAUUGUGAACUUGAGGUUAAAAGCUUGGUCAAGUCCGACAUAUUACCUUCAAAAAGUUCUUCCAAAACUGUUGUUGUUGGGGGCUGUAAGGGUAGCACCGUUUUCAAAUAGAUUAGCCAACACAGUGCCCCCGGAGGUGCAAGGGCUACGAUGCUUGGCAAAUUUUGAAGCCCUGCGGUUUGCUCAGCCUAUACGUUCACUUGCAGAAGUCAUGGUUCAGAGAAUGGUUCAGAAAAGCUCAAGGAGUGGGGGGAAAUAUGUUUCAGUGCAUCUACGAUUUGAAAAGGAUAUGGUUGCGUUUUCCUGCUGUAUAUAUGAUGGAGGCAAGGAGGAAAAGAAGGAAAUGGAUAUUGCUAGGGAAAAAGGUUGGAGAGGAAAGUUUCGUAGAAGAGGUCGAAUCAUAAGACCUGGUGCAAUCAGGAGGGAUGGAAAAUGCCCACUAACUCCAUUAGAGGUAGGAAUGAUGCUUAGAGGUAUGGGUUUCGACAAUACAACAGUUGUGUAUGUUGCUGCUGGGAUAAUUUAUAAAGCCGAUAAGUUCAUGGAGCCUCUUAGAAAACUCUUUCCACUUUUGGAAACAAAGGAUUCUUUAGCAACUCCCGAAGAACUUGCCCCAUUUCAGGGCCACUCGUCCAGGUUAGCAGCUCUUGAUUACACGGUUUGUCUUCACAGCGAGGUGUUUGUGACUACGCAAGGUGGAAACUUUCCUCACUUUUUGAUGGGUCAUCGGCGUUAUAUCAACGGAGGGCAUUCAAAGACUGUUGUACCUGACAAAAGGAAGCUAGUCUUAUUGUUCGACAACCCUGAUGUUAGAUGGGAAACAUUUAAGUAUCAGGUGCAGGAUAUGCUCUAUCGUAGUGAUACAAAAGGGCGCGAGAUGAAAAAACCGACAGCAUCGCUCUACACAUUCCCAAUGCCCGACUGUAUGUGUCAAGAAUCUUAUACAAACACGAUAUACCAAAACGGUACGCUCAAAUCAUCCUGAUAAAAAUUUUACCCUCACAAUUUUAUACAAAUCUACUAAAUAUUCAUAUUAUUCACCAUUUUUUGUAUAUGGUUUAUACACUGAAAAAUGUUUUUCGGCUGUGUAAUUUGCCAUUCAUUUACUAGAAUUUAACUAGAAUGACUAGUAAUUCUUUGAAGUGUACUGUUAGAAGAAAUAGGUAUUAAUAUUUAAUAUAUAUAUUCCUUGUAAAAUACAAGUUGAUACAAUGUAAAUUAAUUCAGGAUGAUUUUUAGUGUUUAUUUUCUUCAAUUGCUACUUUCUUGG